AUGGCAGCCUCAGGCAAUGAAUCUCGAAUUACCCUCACUCGCAUUGCACAUGUCUUCUACACCCAUAAAGAAAUCGACAAAGCCCAUCAAUUCCUACUGGAUUUCGGAUUCCAGGAAAUCAAGCGUGUGGGCGAUGAUAUCUAUUACCGUGGCACCAGUUCGGAGCCAUUUGUGUACUGUGCGCGACAAGGCGAAAAAGACGGGUUUGGAGGUGCAGCCUUUGUCGUGGAAUCCGAAUCUGAUCUUUUUGCUGCGACAAAGUUACCUGGGGCGACAGAGAUCUACGACUUGAAAGAUGCGCCAGGUGGUGGUCGCUGCGUCACUUUCCAUGACCCCAUCGACAAGUUCCCAUUUCAUCUUGUUCAUGGACAAAAGGCCCAUGCCGAUGAGAAGGUGCUUCCACAACUUGAUUACAAUUUCCCAACAGACAAACACCGGCCAGGGAACAAGACACAACGAUUCAAAAAGGGCCCUGCACCUGUGCACAAAUUAGGUCAUUUCGGAAUGUGUGUCACCAAUUUUGCGAAGGCGUUUGAAUUCUAUACUACGCGGUUCAACUUCAAGCCAAGCGAUCUGAUUCACGAUUCUACCGGAAGAGAUAUAACCACCUUUCUCCAUCUGGACCGCGGUUCGGAGAUGGUCGAUCACCAUUGCUUUUUCUUUUUCGAGGGACCUAGGUCGCACGUUCACCACUCAUCAUUUGAGACGCAUGAUUUUGACACACAAGUGCUGGGUCACGACUGGCUCCGCAGCAAGGGGUAUGAGAACUGCUGGGGCGUUGGACGUCAUAUCAUGGGCAGUCAGAUCUUCGAUUAUUGGUUUGACACCUCUCGUUUCAUUAUCGAGCAUUACGUGGAUGGUGAUUUGGUAAAUGACCAACACCCAACGAAUCGAUCCCUUGCCACACCGGAUAAUUUGCACGUUUGGGGUCCCGACCUUCCUCCCACCUUCCUGCAGUAG